AUGGUUCAAACCCGUCGUCGUAAACGUGGCAAAGUUUACUUACAUGAAAUCAACCGAAAAAGGUUAUGGUCAAAAGAAAAACGUAAACGAGAAGUGCGUGUACGUCAUUGUCCAUUGAUCCGUUCAAAUUGGGAAUCAAAAUUAUCAGUACCAACAAAUUAUCAUGAAUUUGCACUUGCUCAUGAUAUUAAAGAAGCUUUCCCAAUACCGAAAACAAAAGAUCUAAUGAAUCCAAAGAUCAUUGAGAAACACAACAAACGAAAACAAGAAUAUUCCGACAAUGACGACGACGAUAAUGAACCGAUAUUACCUAUGGUAGAUUCAACUAAGAAGAAGAAGAAACGUCGACCAACUAAAGUACAUAUUCGAGAUGAACUCGAAAAAGAUGCCAAUGCAGAACGUGUGAAAUCAUUAAGAAUAUCCGAUCCAGAUCGAUUGUUUUGUAUUUAUAUGAUUGAAAAACAUGGAACAAAUUAUGAAGCUAUGGCUCGUGAUCAUCACAAUGAUUAUCAGCUGACGGCACGACAAUUGGAAAGGAAAAUCGAGAAAUUUCAAAAGAUUCCUAAAGCUUACGAACGUUAUCUAGCUGAAAAGGCUGCCGGAAGAGAUUUUGUAGCUGAUUUCCAGAUGAACGAUUAA